AUGUUCUCAAUCCUCGUGUCGGCACUGAUCCUUGCCGCACCAGCAUUUGCGUCACCAGCUUGCAAAGUGAUCCCGUCCGACCCAACAUGGCCUUCCGAUGCAGACUGGACAUCCCUGAACGCCUCUAUCGAUGGCCGGCUUCUACGCACAGUACCAGUUGCCUCAUCCUGCUGGCCUGGGAAUCCGUUUGGAUCACCCGUCUCCUGUGGUACUGUCCAAUCGAACUGGUCCAACGCAAUGUGGCAAUCAGGGCUUCCCGAAGCGAUCAACUACCCGAUUUAUGCGAACAAUUCUUGCCUGCCACCGGAAGCUUCGGGCUACGCUAAGGAAAGAGGCUGUACAACUGGAGGUCUACCGGGAUACGUCGUGAGCGCGACUACCGAGGAGCAGAUUUCAACGGCAAUGAAAUGGGCUGCGAAGCGGCAUAUUCGCAUAGUUGUGAAAGGAACCGGUCAUGACCUGAACGGAAGAUCCAGUGGUGCUUUUGCCCUGUCUAUCUGGACCCAUAACUUGCGCAAAAUUGAGCGACGUAGAUCCUGGUUGCAUCCGUCUACUAAUCUUUCCGAGGACGUGUUCAUUGUAGGCAGUGGUCAGCAAUGGGGAAAUGUGCUUUCCAAAGCCCUAGAGCAGGGAAGAGUGGUCACCACUGGCCAGGAUCCUAGUGUUGGGCUCGGCGGCUACAUCCAGGGCGGCGGUCAUGGUCCCCUCUCUAGUACUUAUGGCCUUGCCUCUAGUCACGUUCUCCAAAUGAGGGUUGUGACAACAGAGGGUAAGGUCUUGAUAGCCAACGACGCUGAGCACCAGGACUUGUUUUGGGCGCUUCGUGGAGGUGGCCCUGGUCUUUAUGGCGUUGUCACGGAGUAUGUCAUCCGACAUCAUCCCGCACCUAGCACUGUGACCAUGGGGAAUCUAUUGAUUGCACCUAAGGGUAGCAGCAACCGUAGUGCAGAGCUGUCCUGGGAUGCAGCCGUGACCUAUCUCUCAGCUCUUCCGGACCUCAUGGAUGCCGGUCUGUCUGGUGCAUGUAUGCUAGCAACAGGUGAAAGUGCCAGGUCUUUUGCAUCUCUCAAGAAGUUCACAGCUGGUGCAGUGAUCCAACAGGCCCUCUGGUCCUUCAACUCAACACCUUCGGCCAUGGAAGCGCUCGUCAACCCCAUCUUGUCAAACAUCACUCGUGCGGCUGGCGGAAAUAGCAGCCUCACCGUCUCAUUCCGUGCAUCCUCCGCAGGUAACUAUUCCUCUUUCUUCAGCGCCAUUUCCGGUAGCGAAGCAGCCGGCGGACAGAGUGUAGUAUCCAGCCGUUUGUUAGGACGGGCUGAGCUGAUCGAUACCCCUCGCCACAAACGAACUGCCUACCUCAAGACAGCCAUGCGCUCGCAAAACGAAACAGCCGGGACUUUCGCGACGAUUGGUCUUCAGGGUGGUCCUGGUGUACGAAACACGCCGCAAGAAGCAUGGGGCGCGUUGCUUCCGGCGUGGCGCUCGACGUACCUGCAUUUCAUCUCCAACGGCGCUACAGUUGACCCUCUUGCCGCAGGCUCACCUAAAUUAGCGCUCGAACAUGCGGCUCGCUGGUACGAGGCCAGGGAGGUGAUGUGGAGGGAAUGGUCGCCUGGCUCGGGCGCGUACAUGAAUGAGGCUAAUCCAUAUACCACCAACUUCAAGCAAGACUUUUACGGCUCGAACUAUGAUCGUUUGGUCGAGGUCAAGUCCAAAUAUGAUCCAAACGAGAGUCUGUUUGUUCUCUCGGGGGUGGGUAGCGACAAGUGGCAUUAUGACUUGGACACAGGCAAGCUCUGUAAAGGAGUUUAA